AUCCUAACCACCCAGUAAAACACUGUAAUCCUAACCAUCUCUCUUUAACAAUCGACCGCCGACGAAUAGUUUCAGAAAGGAAAGCGGGAGUCCGACCUCCGAUUCUUGUGGCGGCGGCGACUGGAAAUCAGGACUUGCCGGCGGUCAGAUGAGCGCCGACGACGCCCUCCGUCUGUUCGACGGAAUGCCUCCUGGUAGCGAGGACGAGAGUGCGCCGCUGAUGAGCGCCACCGACCGCAUCGGCGCACUCCCCGACCAUAUUCUCCACCACCUGCUCUCUUUCCUCCCAGCGCAGGCAGCCGUGCGGACGUGCGUGCUUGCCCGGCGCUGGCGCCACCUUUGGAGGUCCACUACAGGCCUGCGCAUCGUCGGCCUUGACGAUGAGGAGCCUGUCCAAGUUCAAGACCUCCGGAAGUUCAUGGAUCAUCUGCUGGUCCUGCGUGAGCGCACCGACCUGGAUACCGUUCAGAUCAAAUUCGAUCUGUUCAAUCAGGAUGACGAGCCCUAUGUGAACCUAUGGACCCGUUUUGCUGUGAUUUGCAAAGUUCAGGUGCUCACCCUUCGUAUCCAUGACGAGCUUGAGUACCUCGACCUAGACGACCUGCCUCUUGUCUCUCGGCAUCUGAGAACACUGAACCUUCAUGGUGUAUCCCUACGGAGGACGUUUGUUGAUUUUGCUAGCUGUACAGCAUUGGCAAAUCUGAAGAUAGAUGAUUGCUUCAUCAAUUUCAAUAAGAUAUCGUCCUGUUCCCUGAAGCAUUUGAGCAUCACUAGCUGUCAAUCUGAUUUGGAUUGCCGGGUCCGUAUUUCUGCUCCCGGCCUUGUCUCUCUGGAACUAGAAGACUUUAUUGGUAUAACCCCUUUGCUUGAAGACAUGGCAUCACUAGAAGCCGCAUGUGUGGAUCUUAGCGUUGAAUGCAAAGAUGUCUGUUUGAAUUAUGGCUCUGGUGUUUUCUGUGGAGCUAAUGAUAAUACAUGUAAGAAUUGUGUUCCUGGUAGUGACGAUUGCAGCAGCGAUUGUUUGCUUCUGGGUGGUAUCUCAAGUGCUAAACACCUCAAGUUGAUAUCUGAUACUGGAAAGUUCAUUUUCACAAGAGAUUUGAAACAUUGCCCUACAUUUAGCAAGUUAAAGACUUUAUUACUCAACAAGUAUUGGUGCGUGGCUCCUGAUUUGGAUCCACUAUCUUGCAUUCUGACAAACUCACCAGUUCUCGAGAAGCUCACUCUUGAACUUUUUCCCAAGGGGCAAAAUCCUAAACUGGAGAUAAAAGGAAGCUACUGUUGCAUGGAGAGACCGUCUGCAAUAUCAGAGCACCUCGACAUAGUUGAAGUCAAGUGUGAUGUGAUCGACGAGAUAAUUCGUAAAGUUUUGAAGUUCUUGUGUGCAUUGAACAUACGAUUCAGUUUCGAGUAAGGGUGAGAUGAUCUGGGUUGUUGUCGGUCUUCCAUGUCUCGGCCAUUAGUAAUUCAAGGCUUAAGAAUAUUAAGCAUCUUAUGCCAACUCAGAGGAACGGUGUUGGUGUAGAAUAUUAAGCAUCUUAUGCCAACUUAUGAACUCUAGACCAUCUAGCUGGACUUGGUUUUAUGGUAUUCAGUUGCACCUAAGCGUUUCUUUCUUGGAUAGGGCCCAUGACUGUUCUGUUAUGAUGGAUCUGUAUAUUUUGUUUCCUGAGCUAAGACAGGGAUGUUUGGAAAAGUGCAACAGGAGGUCUAGGUUGCACAUAUUGCACUUUUCGUUUCACUGCUGUUGAUCUAUUUCUCUGAUGUUGAUCUAGGCAGAGAAAGCUGAAAAUGAGCUGCAACUCUGGACUUAUGUUACCAGCAAUGGGAGGGAUACCCCAGUUGGUACUCCCAGUGAUCUCUGCCACCCAUUUUCGCAUCCAUAUUUGCUGCUGGCACCUAUGGGAGCAAGGGGUUGUUGUUGUCUUCAACUGCAAGACGCCAACCUAUGCGAGCGACAUCUCCUACUCAAGUCGCAGGCCGAUGCCAAUGCUUGUAUCUCUCGCUCGACGCGAGGUGUAGCUAGGGUUCCCUCUCGCUCCCUUGUGCUUCUGGUCUCUUGGGAGGUCUUCAGAUUUGUAGAGACGUCUUGCUCAAGUUCCCGUUUUCAGUACAAGUUCAGAUGGAGAAUUAUUCCCCGGCAAACAUUUUGAAUAAAAGUCGCAUGCUCUCUUUGAUGCUUCAUUAUAAUGGCAACAUGAGCCACCCUACAUGAUUGUGAUCCAUAUGAUGUAAUUCCCACGGCGAAUCAUAUUGCUAUGUGAUGAACAAUUACUUUAUGAUCAGAUCAUGAGGUUUGAUUAGAAUGUUUAUAGACGUA